AUGGUCGAUUCCACCGCCGAGCCAGUCAGCAGCUCUGCCCACGCUGGCACCUCUCCCAGAAGACCCUUCUCCCUUGCCUCAGCCUUUGAGAGCGUGCGCAACUCCAUUCAUUCCCAAUUCCCAUCCAGCGCAUCCGCUGCAUACUCACAAGGAGAUGAGGAUGCAACGCAAGCCGGUCCAUCCGGUCUACCAGCCCCGCAACUCUCGUCCACCUCCACAUUCACUCCUCCAUCAGACUGGCCGCCUCUCAUCUCGGAACGCAAACUAGCAAGGUUGUUCCCAGAUCAUUCGACGCGCGACGCUGUGCGACAAUUCUACAAGGAGAGACAGCUGGAUUGGGAUUGCGAUGCGCAGAGUUUGGGAGAGAGGAGUGAGAGCAACAGAGCUUCUGCUGCCCUGUUUGAUCUGCUGGUCAGAUUGGACGUGCAAGGUGCCUCGGAUGCGGAGCACGAGCUUCAUACAAGAUCGGUGACCGGAUCUGAAGGCGGUCCAUCGGACAGUGCGCAAAAGAGCACAUCCGAGCGAUCAAGGUCGACUGUGGAUCGUUCAAGAGCGUGGGAAGCGCACGAUGUGCUGCAAGCUAUCGACAAGAAAGACGUGGAGACGUUGAUGCGUAUUCGAGAUGCAUCUUUCGACCUCUUGCUGGAUGCUGGUGGUGGAGUCGGUGGAGGAACAAAGAGCGCUUCCACUCCCAGCACACCUUUAGGAUACGCCAUAUCUCUUGGUCCCGCUUGGGAAGGCAUCGCAAUCGUGCUGGUGGGCGCCAUGAGCAGAUUUGUAAAUCAGUUGCCGGACGAGCAGGCUCAGCAUCGAAGGGCUGAUAUCAGAGCUGGCAAACACGCGCUCCGAAACGGCACUCUUCAGACAGACACUAUCACGCAAGCGAGACUGCGAAGGCUGCGGGUUAAUCUCAAAUUGGCAAUCGAGUGAGUCAAAGUGGAGAGCGCGCCAUUCCAAUGCGUGCUUCGUCGGCGUCCUACGCCACGCAUGCUCAAUCUGACGAUUGUCCUCCUUUCAGCCACUCCAUCUCGCUCUCGCAGGUGCCUCUAGUGACUUCCUACGUUCAAGUCCUGUUCAUGUCCGAAGGCUCCACUUUUCUUCACGACGGCUCCCUAGCCGUGCAGAGGGCGCUCUUGCCGCACACGCACGACUCCGCCUUAUCUCCCCCCGCUCUCAACGUAGCGCGAGGAGCGGUGGAACGCUUCGUUGCCCCUCAUUUACGAACUCGAGCAGGAUCUAAUCUAGGCAAGUCUUCCUCCUCAGCAUCCUCAGCUGUCACGAGCAUAGCGGCGCUAGAAGAUCUGAUCGCCAAUGCCAGCUUGGACCUCGUGCUGUUGGCCCUUUGGGAUCUGGUGCUCUUGCGUCAGAGCGAGUGGGAUGUACUUUCUGGCACAACAGCAGCAGCUGGUGCAAACACGAGCAACGCAUCUCCCAACACCUCCAACGCCUUGUCUCUUAAUGCAGAAGAGCUUCAAGAUCUUUCCGAUCCUUUACCACUCUUCUUCUUUGCUAGGGAUGACAGGAUGACUUCGGCUUAUCUGCAGCGGAGCAAAUUGCUCGAAAAGGCCUUGGCUAGCUUGGAAUUGAGUCGUAAUGCCAGCAGCAAGAGGGAGAGGAGAGCACUGCGGAUAGCUAGGAAUGUGGUCCUGGCCCUGCAAGAUGGAGCUAGACGAUUGAGCGCCAAGGAGAGGGAGGAGAAAGUGGCGAGAGUCCUGCAGGCAGAGGGAUGCUGA